GCCUUGGGAAGGCUGGUCGGAGAAACGAUGGCCGUCUUGUUCCCGGACGGGCUGCUGAAUCAGGGAAAGUUCUACCAGAUUCUCCUGGAGGAUAUGCAGUCAUCGGAGCAGCUUCGAUGACCGGGGCAAUGACCCACACGGUGUCGACGGCGGUGAUCUGCUUCGAGCUGACUGGAGAGAUCUCCCACAUCCUGCCCAUGAUGGUUGCCGUCAUCCUGGCGAACAUGGUGGCCCAGGGCCUGCAGCCCAGCCUGUACGAAAGCAUCAUUCAGAUCAAAAAGCUCCCCUACCUGCCCGAGUUCGGCUGGGGGCACCUCAGCAAGUACAACAUAUCUGCCGGGGAUAUCAUGGUGCGGAACGUCUCCUUCGUCGCCUCCACCUCCACUUACGGUGACCUCCUGCUGAUCCUGAAGCAAAGCCGGCUGAACACCUUCCCCUUCGUCGACACCCCAGAGUCGAUGAUCCUGCUGGGCUCGGUCGAGCGGAGUGAGCUGCGAGCGUUGCUGCUGCGCCAGGCGCCGGGCUCCCAGGGGCCCCGCGGAGGGACGAGCGAUGGCCAAGGGCCACGGGGCGCCAAGCCUUCCUCUUUCGUCUACAUCGACCAGGACGAUAGCGGCCUGCAGGAACGAGAAGGGACAGAUGCAGAGAAGAAUCAGUCAACGGAUGAGACGAGGCCAUCGACCACAACUUACAAUGUAAAAGACCCCAAGCAGGACGGAUCACAGAAGACCACCCUGAGGAACUUAUUCUCUUCUUUGAGAAGAAAUACUCCAGAGGCCAACCCUCUGCAGGAGCCGUCCAGCCUGGGAGAAAGUCUGAAGUUAGAAGAG